CUAAUGUUUCUCGGCGACAUGGGGCUGCUAAUGUUCUUAGCAGUAACGGCCUCCCUUUUGGGUUAUUGCCAGACGGAUGAAAAAGUGUCAUUCUACGGCGCGAGCUAUAUCCAUCUGCCGGUGCAGGAAGCCAAGGGUGCGACGGACAUCAGCUUCCGGUUCCGAACUCAUCUCGCGGACGCCAUGCUGCUAUUGGCCGUUGGCAAGACGGAUUACUGCCUGAUCAAACUCGAAGCCGGCAGAUUGAAGGUUCAUAUUAAUUUAGGCGCAGGUGAGAGCGAAAUGGCCAGCGCUCGCGGACUGACAUUGAACGACCUGAGCUGGCACGAGGUGAACCUGACGAGACGAGAGGCCAACAUCACGCUGCAGAUCGACGUGAUACACAUGACCAAAUCUCUGCUACCGGGCCGUUUCUUCGAACUCAACAUACACUACGGUGUCUUCAUCGGGGGACAGGGUGACUUCAACGAGCUAUUUCUAGGACACACGGACUACUUGCGGGGCUGCAUGGCUGACAUAAUCUACAAUGGCGCCAGGGUAAUAGAAUACGCCAAGUCGAGGAAAGGCCAGUCGGAGGCCACGGCCGUUACGUGGGGUUGCUCGCCGGAAUUCGACGCUACGAGGAGCACGGAAGUUAGUUUCGUGGAGGAUGGUGCGUUCACGGCGAUCCCGAGACUCAUACCACGCUCCGGCUCGAGAUGGGAAUUCGAAUUGAAGACCGGCUUCGAGAGCGGCCUGCUGCUCUACAACACCGACCAAUCGUCGUACGCCGAUUACCUCGGGAUCGAGUUGUUCGAGGGUAAAAUUCGACUUCUGAUGAACAAAGGGAACGGUCCGACCGAGUUGAUACACGGCACGCCGGUGGCUGACGGCAAGUGGCAUCGGGUGGCCGUCGAUUUCAAUCCGAGCGGAAUCGGGAUCACGGUGGACCGUCAAGAAAAAGCGAUCACCCUUCCCUCCGGUGGAAAUCGUUACCUCGAUCUGGCCGACACCCUCUACAUCGGCGGCACCGAGCUGAAUAAACGCGCCAGGGCGCUAGGCAAAGGCCUUAAGUCCGGUGACGUGAGCUACAAGGGUUGCCUGCGAAAUAUGCUUCUGGAUAACAAGGAGCUCGGUCUACCGGACGUUAAAAUCAGCCAAGGUAUCAUCGUUGGCUGCGUUUGGGGAUUUCCCUGUAUCGAGGUUGAUCCCUGUCUUCCCGCAGCAGUUUGCUCGCAACUAGGUGUCAGCUCGUUUAAGUGCGACUGUGAUCAACCACUGUGCAUCAAGCCGAAUCACGUCGAGGAUUACAAGACUUACGCAAAGGCCAAUUUACCCGUGAACUUGGAGAUACUCUCGCUGAAUCCCCCGCUAGUACCUGAAGGGAAACACGUGCUGGUGACGAGCGAUAACAUUGCCAUGGUGCUAGACAUUGCUAAAUAUGGGGUGGAAGAGGACGGCGUUAUCUUCACCUUGGUGACGCCACCCACGCACGGUAGCCUAACCCUGGACCUUUCAACGAUCACAACCGACCGUUCCUUCAGCCUUCAAGACGUGAAUCGAAAUAAGAUACAAUACAAGCACGACGGCAGUGAAACCACGGAGGACAGUAUGAUCCUGGAAGUGACAUUAGAGGCAGGGGCUGGUUACACGUUGGCGGGCUACCUCCAAGGACGACUUAGGUUUCCGUUUCACGUCAACGUUACACCGGUUAAUGAUCCCCCAUCGCUCGAGAUACCGACCGCAAAGGUGCUACGACUUGCCCAGGGCACGAGGAAAAUCUUGACAAAAGAAUUAAUUUGGGCGAUCGAUGCCGACACGCCGUCAGACAUGUUGAUUUACACGGUCUUACGUACCGACGCGGAUGCUGGCUAUGUGGAAAGAGGGACUACCCGUCGCGACCUAUACCCGUCGCGACCUAUCGACACGUUUACCCAGGCUGAAUUAAUGCAAGGAUUAAUUGCAUACGUACACCGCGGAAACGCGAAACCGAACGCGAAGCUGGAUCUCCAGGUGAGCGACAGGAUAGAAAGCAGCCUGCCGGCGAGUUUAAGGGUGGCAGCUCAUCCCUUGGAAAUUAAAUUGAUGCACAAUACAGGACUGGUCGUGGUGCAUCGGUCCUAUUCAUACCUGACACCGGCGAAUCUCUCCUUCGUCACCAAUUCCGACGACAAUACUAUUGAUAUACGUUACGACAUCGUCUCGCAACCGCAAUUUGGCACGAUUCAAAAGCUGAAGGACGUCUCGAGCAGCUGGAUGAGCGUGGACCAUUUCACCAGCAAAGAGGUUGAACUGCACGCGAUAAGGUAUCUUCACAACGAGGACAGUCCCAAUCAAGAUGAAUUCAAGUUUCAAGCGAGCGUUAGAGAGGUAAGGGCGCCACACGUGUACGAUUUUCGGAUCACCUUCAUCGAUCUUGAGCUGAAAGAAACGAAGAGGGUGCCGAUUAACUUUACCAACAUAGCGGAAGUGAGCGUGACUGCACAAAACCUGAGGUACCAAACGAAUCCGCUGAUAACCGCGCUCAACAAGAUCGCGUUCACCGUCACUACGGGACCAAGGUACGGUAAUCUGUUCCUUUCGAGUCGGAAGCUGGAAAUCGGCGACACGUUCACUCAAGAGGACAUUGACUCCGGCAAAUUGAAGUAUCGACUGUUCAAAAGGGCCUAUUCCACGAUUUUGGACGAAUUCGCCUUCAAAGUCAGCGCGCCGCAGUGCAUCGAUUUGCACUCUAUACUCAAGUUCAGGCAUUACCUCAGUAAGAACGUGAAACCCCUGGACAGCGUGGAAAGUCUGAGGGUCGACGAAGGUUCUAGGGUACCACUGAGAAUUCUCCGAACCAAUCCAGCAGAUAACGGUGUUACGUCACUCACCUAUAACCUGACGAUAAUUCCUCGUCACGGUUGGCUGACGGUCACGAACAGCUCCAAGUCUCACCCUCGAAACAACACUUCCUAUUUUACCUCCGAGGAACUCGCGUCCCAGAAAGUCUACUAUGUGCACGACGACUCGGAGACGAAAGAAGAUUCGUUCCAGUUCGUUGCCAUUGCCGCAGACGCGGUGGAUUUCAUGUACGUCGGUACGUUCCGCGUCGAGGUGAUAAUGAAGAACGACAAUGCUCCGGAACGAAUGGUUCACAAAGUGUUUCACGUAGUGUCGAAGGGUGAGAGGUUGCUGACGAACAAAGACCUAGCCUACGUGGAUAAGGACAUCGAUACGAAGCCUAGCGAUCUGACUUACACGAGAAGGGAUACUCAGAGAAAUGGGCUAUACAGGGUAACCAACCCCACGUCGCAGGUGUACGAAUUCAAUCAGCAGGACAUCGACGACGGCCAGAUACUGUUUAAACAUCAGGCUGAGGACCACAGCAAAUUGGAAUUCAGCGUUACCGAUGGGCAUUUUUACACGUCCGGCGUGCUCGAAAUUCAGGCCAGUCCUCCCUACAUCAGGCUGAAGGAGAGCAAUGGGUCCAUAGUGCAGUUCAAUCGAUCAGUCGCCCUUCGAUCCAACGAUCUGGAUAUCGAAACGAACGUGCACACCUCGGACAAAGAUAUCAAGUACACGGUGCUGGAGAAACCGAAGCACGGGGUGCUGUUGAAGCAUGGCAGAGACACGAGCACCUUCAACAAAGAGAAUCUGCGUUACGGUAUAGUGUUUUACAAUCAUCUAGGAGGAUCUUUAACGAAGGACGAGUUUAAGUUCAAGGUAUCGACGAAGGGAGCCGAGACGGAGGGAGUAUUUCAAAUCAAGAUCUAUCCUGAGAGCUACUGGCAACCGUUGAUCGUUCAAAACAACAAAACGGUGUUCGUGGAGGAGGCCACUAGUAUUUUGUUAAGCAGAAAGAGCCUCGAAAUCAUGCAUCCCAAGAUACCGAACUCCGAAAUAGUUUAUUUUUUGAAAGAAUGGCCGCAAAAUGGGUAUCUGGAGUUACAGAUUCAAGACGAGCACAGCGACGAGACGCGAGAGGAUUAUAUCGGAAACGCUGUGAAGACCUUCGACCAGAACAUGAUCAACGAAGGUCGCGUAUUCUACGUACAGUUCGUGAUGAAUCAGACCAACGACAGAUUCGUCGUGGACGUGACGAACGGUAUAACAUGGUUACGCGAUCUAAGCGUGAACUUCGUGAUCGUGCCGGAGAAGCUGUACGUCGAGCCGAAGAAUGUGGUCGUGAUCGAAGGACAGAGUACCAUUUUGGACGAAACGAACUUUUCUAUUCUCACCCCUUACUACUCCGGCAAAGUGACGGAUUAUCGAAUCAUAGAUAAACCGAAGCACGGCAUAAUUCUUGAAUCAACGAAAAAUUCUCAGGUGAAAAAGUUCUCGCAAAAACACCUAACCGGCGGAAUAAUAUUGUACAAACAUAAUGGCGACGAGUCCGCAAAGGAUUCCUUCAGAAUGGUUCUCGUUGCGGGAGACAAAACGAGCGAGCCAUUCGACGUGUGGGUUACCGUGGAACCCGUUAACGACGAGGUGCCUGUGCUGGUUAACAGGACCAAAUUAACCGUUUGGCAGGGUGGUUCGAUCGCGUUAACACCCGAUAAUUUAGCAGCUGUUGAUAACGAUACCACUGCACAUGAUAUUACGUUCAAUAUCAGCGGAGUUAGAAACGGAUUUAUCUCGUUAAAAUCUUCUCCGGAUGUGGACAUUUACAAUUUCACGCAGGAACAAAUCGACCAGUCGAAAGUCAUCUUUACGCAUACCAAUGGAUCCGACGCUGAGUUCAAUUUCGUCCUGUACGAUGGAGUACAUACCACGGAGUCUUAUACGAUACUGGUGACCACCAGACCGGUUCGACUCGCUAUCGAGCAGAACGCUGCGCUUAACGUCUUCCCUCAGACCAGGAAAAUGAUAUCGAACAAGUUACUUUUGACGAAAUGCCUGGACGAAAGUCGAGAAAUAAAAUAUACGGUGCGAAAUGGGCCGCAUCUUGGCAGGAUCAUCAUGGAGACCAACGACGGCGUGUGGUUGAACGUUGAACGAUUCACGCAGAAAGAUGUCAACGAGAGUAAAGUAGUCUACGAGCAUACUAAGCAAUUUAUGGACUUGACUGCCAAUGAUUCGUUCACAUUCGACGUGGAAGCACGUUUCGCGGAAUCCUUAACCAAUCAGGUUUUUCAAAUAGAUAUUUCGGUCUCCAGUGGUGGUUUGGACAGAUACAUCUCCGUGAAGAAUGUGAGAGUCGAAGAAGGUGGUUCCGCACAAGUCGUCAUGAAUAUCAGCGGGAUCGUAUCGUUCCUUCAAAAUCACGCUGGAAUCGAGAAUCCAACAGUGCUCUCGAGGCUGAGCAGCCAACCUAGUCACGGUCAUGUGAUGAUCAUGCCGGAUUUGAAUGUCACCACCUUCUCUCAGCCCCAAAUCGAAGGUGGAAAGAUCGCCUAUUAUCACGAUCAUUCGGAUACCUUGGAAGAUCGCAUCAAUUUUUCCCUUUAUCUGACUCGUGGCCACAUCCUCCUGUGCAAUACCAGCAUUCCAGUAAUAAUCGAACCUGUGAACGACGAACCAUUCAAAUUAAUCACGAACCCACCGUUCAUCACGGUGGUUCAAAACCAAAACCAAACGAUCACCAGAGAUAAUCUGCUGACGAACGAUCCAGACACUCCGCCAGAGGAAAUAGUGUACGAAGUGAUAUCUGGACUGACGUACGGUCGUCUGUUGCUCUUACCGUUCAACGAGAAUAUCUCAGAAGUUCGCCAAGUGAACAAAUUCACCCAGCACGACGUUGACUCUAAUCGACUGGUGUACGAACACAACGGACCUCUUCAGGCAGCUUCCUUCUACUUCAGGGUAUGGGACGGACGUUUCAAUCCAACGUAUACGGUAUUCAAAGUGUACGUUUUACCGAUUAAGCUGAACGUCACCGUGCCAGGUCCCGUGAAUCUACAGCAAGGAUCGAACGUGGCUCUAAUUUCCGAGAGCAACGUAAAACUCGAUACCAAUGCGAGGCAAGACUUGGUCAUUUACGAAGUGACGACGACACCAAAGUACGGAGUGUUGUACGUGCGAGAUGGAGCUGCGGCUAGCUUUAAACAAACAGAUUUGUUGUCAAAGAGCGUGAUAUUCAUGCAAACGGACAUGACCGUGUCGAACGACAGCCUCGAACUGACUGCGAGAUUAAGCGGAUUCGAACAAAAGCACAUAAGAAUCGAGAUCAAAGUGGUACCUCUGAUGAUCAUGAAUCCUAUGAUCGCUUUGGCCGGAGAGAAAACUAGAAUAAAGUUGAAGCAUAUGGACGCCACACCCUUGGCAAAGCUAACAAGCAGCAAUCCCAUAUACACGGUCAUCAAGAAACCGAAAUUCGGUAAAAUAAAGAGGAUCAUCAGAAGCUCUUCGUCGUCUAGCGAGAAACGGGGAACUCGUGAGAAAGAGGUGACUAAAUUCUCCCACCAAGAAGUGAUGUCGGGUACAAUUUAUAUGGUUUGCCGAAAAAUUCCGACAAUGGAGUACGAAGGAGUGAUUGAUAGCUUCGCGUUCAUCUUGACGGCUUCUAUCUUCCAACCAGCCGUGGGUGUGUUCGAGUUUCGCGUGAAACUUGACAUGGACGAGUAUAAUAACACGUUAGGCGGUCCAAUGGAUCCGGUAGGUCACGAAGGCGAAAUGGCGAUCGCGCCGAACAUGAGCAACGACUAUUUGUUAAUCCUGGGAAUGCUCCUCGGCGUAUUUUUGCUCGGUGUAGUAGUGAUCAUCACCAUUAGGUGUAGACACAAUAAAUACAAACACGCCGAAGAGGAAAAACCAGAACCUACUCCAGCAGUUGGCGUGAUGCCAUUGCCAAGACCUCCGGAUCAUUUAAUGCCCGUGACACCGCACGUAAAACGUUACGCCAAUGAUCACAACAGCGUAGCAGCCAGUACUCCAUUACCGAUUCUCCCGACAACGACGUCUACCUUACCUCAGUGCAAGGUGAUACCUCUGAAUCCCCUGGAGAGUAUCACAGGAUCCGAAGUGGACGUCUCAGCGAAAUAUCCGUACGGUGUCGCGGAUGGGGAUGAAUGGAGCAGCUUCGACACGUCCGAUCUACCUUGUCAAUCGGCUACCACACAAAGGACCAACAACCCCUUGCUAAGAAGAAACCAAUAUUGGGUCUAGCAAAAGGAGGGCUGUCCGCGAUUAAAGCGGAACAGACCGUAACACUUUCUUAAA